AAAGUGGAUGUCAGCAGGAGAAGGUGAUAUGUAUUCAGAAGUGGCAGCUAGUGACAGUAGGAGUUAUGCAGCAGCUAUGAGUGAAAAAAAGAGAUUGAAAAUAAACGAUGCCUGCUAUAAAAAGCCACUAAUAAGGAUUCAAAUGAAAGAAGGGACUUAAUAGACAGCUAUUCCCACUGGAAAAUAAAAAAAAACAAUGGCCAUACUAUUGGGCAAAGAAAGAGAGAGUUAAUAAGCAGUUAUGUAAGAGCAGCUGUUGAUCUCCUUUUGCAUUUUCUCCCAGCAGCGCUGCAGCCCCAACAACAAACAUGACUACAAGUCGUCCACGGUACCAACGGAAGACUACGAUAUGCCAUGUAAAUUGGAGGACCAUUCCACCUCUGUAGCUGGGACUUAAAAGUGCAUACAUUAACAUUUGGUGUACUCGUACUGCAUUUCUAAUCAAGCACCUUAACUAAUAAGGUGCCCUGUGUCCCAGAGAAGGAUGGGUAAUGGACCUGUGAUUGGAAGUACCUCAGGUUUAUACUUUUAUAUCCAUGGAGCCUUCAGCUUCUACCCAGAGAACAUGGAAUUCUUCCAAACAGAUCAGAUUAUCAUACCACAUUCAUCCAAGCAUAAUCCCUCCAAAUAUUACCCUAGAAAGCUUCAACAGAGCCACUCUGUCAGAAUCAGUUGGACUGUUUUUUAUGUUGUUGAUCGACCUGAUGACUAUUGUUGGCAACAUUGCAGUUAUGAUUGUAAUUAUCAAGAACCCAGCACUGCGGAAACUUGUCUUUGUUUUCCACUUGUGCCUGGUUGACCUUCUUGCUGCUCUGACCUUGAUGCCCCUAGGCAUGUUAUCCACGUCAGCCCUUUUUGACAACAGUCUUUUCAGUGAAGCAAUGUGCCGCUUAUAUCUUUUCUUAAGUGUCUGUUUUAUAAGUGUCUCCAUAUUGUCAAUUUCUGCCAUCAAUGUAGAGCGGUACUAUUACAUUGUCCACCCUAUGCGGUACGAAGUGAAAAUGACUGUAAAGCUAGUGGUUUCAGUUCUGGUUUGUAUCUGGGUAAAAGCACUCAUAAUGUCCAUCAUUCCCAUUUUUGGGUGGAAUUCUCAAGACCAUGAUGUCAUCACAUCAGUUGUUAACAACAGCAGAGAAUGUACGCUCCAGUGGAAUGCAAAUUCAUACAGAAAAGUCUUUGUUGUUUUCUUUAGCAUUUUUUACUUCCUGUUGCCUGUCCUGAUAAUAUCUGUGGUCUACUGCAGCAUGUUCAAAGUGGCCAGGGUUGCAGCAAUGCACCAUGGACCUCUCCCCACCUGGAUGGACACCCCAAGGCAGCGCUCAGAAUCCCUAAGCAGCCGCUCAACAAUGGUCACAAGUUCUGGAGCGCCCCGCACAACUCCACAGAGGACGUUUGGUGGUGGAAAAGCAGCUGUCAUUCUUGUAGCUGUGGGAGGUCAGUUUCUGUGUUGCUGGUUACCAUACUUCUUCUAUCAUCUUUAUUCAGCUUUGAGUUUGCAUUCGGUUGUUGGUGGACAGGUGGAGAAGGUGGUGACUUGGAUUGGAUACUUUUGCUUCACUUCAAAUCCAUUUUUCUAUGGAUGCCUCAACCGACAAAUCAGGGGAGAGCUCAACAAACAUCUCAACUGUUUCUUCAAGGAGAGCCAGGAAGAAGAUCUCAGGUUGCCCAGUAGAGAAGGCUCAAUUGAAGAGAACUUUUUGCAAUUUCUCCAGGGCACAGGUUGUAAUCCAGAAAUUAGAAAUGCACAGGACAUCACCAGUCCCAAACGAGAGCAUCCACCUAUAGAUUUUAGAAUACCUGGACAAAUUGCUGAAGAAACCUCUGAUUUUCUGGAUCAACAUAUGAACAGUGACAUAACUGUAUCUGGUAAUUAUAUAAGGUCUGUGCAUUCUCCCAAACUUGACAUGUGACAAUCAUUGCACUUGACAAUCCAACUGCCUGUUGUGUGAAACAAUGCAGAAUGGUCAUCUGAGAUGCUCUGAAGUAUAACUUAUGUUUUAGGGCUCUAAGCAUGACCAGCACAUAGAAAACCUCAUUCCCUAGGGCACGGAGCAGCUGCCAGGUAUCCCCAUUUAACACAUUCAUUACUUAGAGUGGCUAUUCCUGACAUUGUAUCCAAAAGAGUUCUUAGAGCAUUGUUACAUUUAAUUUCCUUCUGUACUGAAUGUGUGUUGAUUUUUUUUCUUUAUGUAAUUAAUUUAUUUUUGACUAGAACACUGGUGCCAUAAAAUGGAACAGGGGCAGUAAGUAAAACAUUUGUAAGUGUGGUUGUUGGUUGCAUUUUCUAAGACCAGUCACCAAAGUUAUCAGCAAACUUCUCUUUCUCACCUAAGGAAUGUAUUUUCCUUAUGCCCUUUUUUAAAUGCAUUGCAGAUAAUUUAACACGACUGUAACGCUAGCCUUAUGGAAAGAAAAAUCAGAGGGAGUAUUAAUCUUUCUACGCUGCCAGGGAAAAGCCUUCUGUAUCUCAUCUUCAUCUGGAAAAUGGAUUGUGUUCUGACCCACAUGCAAAAGAAAAAGCUAUCUUAGACUGAAGGAGUUAAGAAAGGGAGAGGAAGGAAGCAUUAUUCCAGCCACUGGCUCAUAUGGGCACUUUCAAAGUUACAAAACUCAGUCAGUUUUAAGAUGAUAUGAGUCAGCUCAAAAAUAUUCAUCUCAACCAUUUCACCCUGUAUAUAAGAAUACAGAAAGCUUGUUACACCAUAAAAACUUGUUUAGAUUAAAUUGACAAGGCUAAACAAUUAUGUCACUCAAUCUCUAAUUAUAAUUACAAAGAUCAGUGUUCAAAGUGCUGCAGACACAUAAGUUACAGAGAACUCCAGUAUUGUACUUUUUUCUGGAAUGGCCUAGCCCCAUACACUAAUAGCAAGAAGAUUGUUUCCCCCUACCCCUAAUUACAUAUAACAUAUAUAUUACCAGUUACUUGCCAACAAAAGAAGGCAGCUGCAGUUUGCCUUUCUAGUCUGCCUAUGCUUUGCAGCCAGCUCCUCACAACUGCCCCACCUACCCAUCCCAACUUCCCCCAGCUAUCCUUUACCAGCCUUUUGGCUGUAAUAAAGCACAACACCUAAGUGCUUGCAGUUACUCAGUUUUAGCCUGCUUAACAUUUUUAUUAAGUGCUCAGCUACAUAAUCUCCACUUCUUGUUGUAUAUUUGUUUCUUAAUAAUUCAUUAAGAAUGGGCUACUGCAAUUACUGAGUCAUUUGACAACCUCCUUACAGUAAAUCCUUUGCCAUCAUGGUCAGCAUCUAUCCCCCUACUCUCUUCCAGGCAGCAUAUUUAUUUUGCAUUAGCAAUAACCAGAAUUCCCCUUCGGGCUCCAAAAACUGAAAACUGUAAGAAUUUGAUUGAAGCAUUUUUAAUGUAUGCACUGACUUCUGAAGUUUCUGUGAAAAGGGCUGUAAAAGUACAAAUAAGCAUACAGUCUAUCUUUCACCCAUUCCCAUGAAGAGAGGCCAACAUUACCAUUUUAGUAAUGGUACUAUUGCACUUUGCAGAGAAACAUGACUUUUGCAAGUCAUAUGACUUCAAAAUCAUACAGUGCAUAACUGGAUAGAGAUUUAAUUUUGUGAUACAAAAUGCUCUUAUUCAGCAUUUUUUUAAUUCUAUACAUCAACUUUCCCCAGGAAAAAAAUCCUAGGCUACAAGACAUGCUUCCAAGGAUCCCAGAACUAGAGCCUAAAUAAAGUUUGAAUGAUCCUAUCUCCUCUUUUUUUCCUGACUUUCUGUAUUAUGCAAUCUAUUUUUUCCUGCUGUUAUUGUUUUUAGUAGGCAUUUAAAGAUCAAGAAUGCUCCCACAGAUGAAGUGUUCUUUCAUUUAAUUAAGAAUUUAUAAAAAAAAAAAAAAAAAAAAAACAGACAAUGUUUGUUUUUAUGUAGUAUGAAUACUACAGAGCACGUCAGUCUGUGAGAUGAGAAGCAUUUUGUAGGACUUCCUAUCUGCAGUACCAGUUGCCCAGUAAUAAAGAAUGCAUGAGGCCUUGGCCGUAGUCGUCUGAGACUGGUACCACCAUGACUUACUGACCUAACAGCAAGUGUAUACAACUGCCUUUUCAAAGUCUUUGUCUCAAAUAUCCCUCUUUGUUUUUCACAAUCUACUCAUUAUAUGACACAUACUGACUGUUACUACUGGCAGACUGGCUCACAUGCACCCGUAACUUCGAACAUAAUUUGCUUGAAUUUCAGCCCAGAUGUGUCACUGUCACCUGACUGCAGGUUCAAAUCAGAGAAUAUAGUUUUGUGCCAUUUGUAGCAUGAUCAUUUGUUUACAUAUACUUCCUGCUUUCUUCAUGGACAUUCGUAUUUCAUUAUUUAAGAUCUUGUUCUUAAGAUGCACAGUUUGAAACCAUGUGUGUUCUUAAUAUUUUUUGUGAAACCAAAUAUAUUUUGUACAAAUUACCAAAAAUGAGCAAGUCUGUUUUUAAUUAUGCAUGAAGAUGGGCAGAGAGUGUAAUCAGUGAGUUUGUAGAACUGUAGGGUUGUGACUUUUUACUGCAGGAUGUUUGCUUUCCCUACCUGGAUGUCCUCACCUGAUUCACCUACACCGAGCCUGUCACCAAGAAACUUCCUGCCCUUAUGAUUGUUAAUCCUAUACGGUGGCCUUGCACCGCCCUUCCAAGAUCUAUUCAUAUAGAUAUGGGAGAUCUGAUUAACAGAUGGCAUGUUAUUGAUGGAUGGUAUAAUCCAGAUCCUGCUGUAACUGUCAUAAUUGGUACACAGGUUUCCUCUCAGUUCUCUAUCCUCUUUUUUGCAUUAACUGGGGAAAUUCUCACCCAACAUUUGAUGCUCAUCCACUUCAUCCCUGACCAUACCCUAGUGAGAAAGGACUAUUAUGGCAACAAAAUGUGCUACCAGAAUAUGUCCUGUAUGUUUUAUUUGGUCAUUUACAGAAUACUGUCAGGUUGGCACUGAUUUUGUUGCAGAAAUCUCUAAAACAACUACAGCUUAUGUGCAAACACAGUAUAUAACCAUCUGACACCUCCUUACUUUUAAACGUCUGAUAUUUGGUUUAUUGCUCCUUGACCUGUAGAAGCAUUUUGCAUUUGCCCAUAAAUUGUAGCUGUUUUAUAUAUUUGUUUUUUGGUUAAUACAGAGUGCAAGUGAUUUUGAUUUGACUUUGUUGCAGAAUUCACAUUUAGGUACCACUCACAAAUGCAAAAGCAUGUUAUACCCUGCUACUGCCAUCUUCCAUUUUUAUGGCUUCUUCAGCUUCUGUGUAUCUCUUUAAUCUGGUGGCCAGACAUAAGGCCCUCCUCUAUUCAUCAUGUUGGGCCACUUAGCUUCUAACAGGAGUACAGAGGACAUCCUGAGGUUGGAUUCUCACAUAUUGCUCCUUAUGGCAGGUUUGUUAUGUACUGCCCAGUAGCAUAUAACCAAUAUUUAGUUCUGGUUUUGGAGCAUUGAUGCAUUAACAGAUGGUUUCAAGACACCUUCUUUCCUCCCUAAAUUCCAUACAAAAAGCUGCUAUGAUAGCUGAAGUACAAGUAUUGUGAUGUACACACAGCAUGGAGCUACAAUUUAUAGUGUCUUCUUUGUAUCCCGGCUUUACCAUCAGGUUUUCCAUGUAGCACAGACCAGAGAUGAACCAUUCUCCCCAGUGAAAGGAAGGUCUUCAUUGAACAGAAGGAGUACAGCAGUUCUAAGAUCUGGAUUUAGCUUGCCUUCCACUGAACUCUCUGUGUAGUGUCCCAGAAAUAUGCACAUUCUUAUGUGCAGGCCUUUGUCUGUUCAUUAUACAGAUGCGACUGCUGUCAAUGUCACUCGAGCGAUUUAAACAGCCAGGGUGAGCUGUUCGAGCAAUUUAAACAGCCAGGGUGAGCUGUUCCGCUCUUCAGGUCUUCUUACCACUGGAACACUUUUCUACUACCUGUGCCAGUAUUUAAAUACGUUUACUGUUUCUUUACAUUCAAAAGUGUCAGUAAUUGCCAUGAUAGGUUUGUUUAUUGUUCUUUUUAAUAUCUGGAUGUAGUUUAAAAAUGUUAUUGAUUGUUUAUGUGAUUUUUUUUUUCCUCAAGAUUAUUUAGCAUUCCCAUAAACAGCUUUUACAGACCCACCUCAGAGCUUUGAAUAUGCAUACAAAGGCCAGAAAGUUCAACCAGUUUAACAGUCCCCACUGCUCUCAUUUCACUCUUCUGAAAUUGUGAUUAUUGUCAUAAAUAUGAAGAUGUUUCCAAGUACCAGUAUGGUUGUCACAUAGAAUGUGCCAAGGUAAAAUUGAGGCAGUGAUUAUACAUUUAUACUUCUUUCAUUUUGCCUGCAGGAGCUCCAAGAGCAUUUGAAAAGUCCAUGCCCCCUGUUUGGGUGUCUUAAAAACAAAAGUAUCUCACACAUUCUUUACCUAGAUAACUGCUUCUGUGUAGCAGGUUCUCAAAACUGUCUUCUGAAGAGUAGGUCUCAGUUGUUGAUUUGUUUCAGAUAUGAGUAUUACCAUAAAUUUGGAGAAGUCACAACUAUUUGUCUCACACACACACACACACACACACACACACACACACACACACACACACACACACCCACAC